AUGGAUCCACAGAGUAGUAAUGCUCGAAACAUAGAUGAUAUCGAAUUUGAAGAUGCUGAGGUCGAUACCGGUCAUGAUGAUGCAGAGCAAAAUCGGAAUCCGUCAUAUAGGAAUCCGACAUCGGACAACAACGUUCUUUUUGACGAUCAGAAUAAUGAAAGAUUGUAUAUCCCAGAGGUAGAUUCAUCAUGUGUUCCUGUUAUUGGAAUGGAAUUCUCUUCCAUAGAGCAAGCAUAUGUUUUUAUCAGACAUAUGCCAAGAAGGCAGGGUUCUCUGCUCGAAAAGGAGGAGGGGCAUAAACCACAGGAAUUUGAUGAUGCUUAUUCGAAGUUGUCUAAGCCAUAUAAACGUAGGAACAGACCGACUAUUCGAACCGGCUGUAAAGCUCAAAUUAAGCUUUGUUCGACGAAUGGGGUGUUGUAUAAGGUUGAUAAGUUUGUUCAGUCACAUACUCAUUCAUUCGUGUGCCCCAAAGAUAUGCAUUUAUUACCAGCUUAUAGACAUCUUUCUGAGACACAAGAAGAGAUGAUAUGGGAGCUUGGUACAUUGAAUCUUGGGCCAGUGAAAGCAUUUAAUAUAAUGAGACAAAGAUACGGAGGGUUUGAAAAUGUAGGCGCAACUAAAGACGAUUGCAAGAAUUUUAGAGCUAGGAUACAUAGCUAUAUCGGCGAGUAUGAUGCAGAUAUGGUUAUCAAUAGGUUGACCGAUAAAAAGCAGUUUAUGGUUGAUUAUUCAUUCUUUCAUUCGGUCGAUGAAAACAAACGAUUAACUGGCCUGUUUUGGGCCGAUGGGUUGUGCAAACGUAACUAUGCUGAGUUUGGAGAUGUCAUAUCGUUUGAUGCUACAUUUAAAACCAAUAAGUAUAAAAUGGUUUUUGUACCUUUUACUGGUAUUGAUAAUCACUGUCGGAAUGUGACGCUUGGAGCCGGGUUGUUAGCAUCCGAAAGCAUUGAAUCAUACAAGUGGCUUUUACAAUCAUUUUUCAACUCAUUUGGUAAGCAGCCAAAGGUGGUCGUCACUGAUCAGGAUCCCGCGAUGAAACAAGCUAUCGAAGCAGUGUUCGAUAAGAGUAGGCACAGAUUAUGUAUGUGGCACAUAAUGAAGAAACUUGCUGAUAAGGUCGGACAUGAGCUGUGCAAUAACGAAGAGUUUAAGAGACGUAUGUGUGACAUUGUAUGGACAGAUUCGAUUGCGCCAGAAACGUUUGAGAGAGACUGGAAGCUGAUAAUGAUUGAAUUCGGUCUAACUGAGAAUAAGUGGAUUGAUGAUAUGUUUGGCAUGAGAUCUUCGUGGAUCCCAGCGUUCUAUCGUCAUGAGCCUAUGUCUGGGCUUAUGCGGACCACUUCUAGAUCAGAGAGCGAAAACCAUUUUUUCUGUCAAGUGGCGAAUUCUCAACUUACCCUUGUUGAGUUCUUUAACCAUUUUGAUGGUGCAAUGGACAUUCAAAGAUUCAACCAUCGGAAGAAUGACCAUAUAUCUAGAAAUACAAUCCCAGAUAACUUUUCUGAAUCUACUCUAGAGGAUGAUGCUAUGAAAAUUUACACCAGGUCAAUUUUUGCUGAUCAACAGGUUUGUUUCAAGAAGGGGGAGGAUGUAAUUGCAUCAUGCAGUUGUCGCAGGUUUGAACAAUAUGGAUUGUUGUGCAAACAUAUAUAUUUUGUGUUCAAGAUGUUCAAAGUGAAGGAAAUUCCCAACAAGUAUGUUAUGAGAAGAUGGACUAAAGACGUGGUACCGAAUGAUCUUAAUAAUACAUUUGAUAUUAGUGUUGACGAUAAUGAUGCGCAUAAAAAGGCCAAAGAGGUUGCGUAUGAGAUUAUGCAGACCGGAGAGUAUCUUAUUGGUAACCUGAUGAAAGAUUUCGAUCAUCUACUUAUAGUCAGGGAUCGGAUGAGGGAGAUGAAAGAAAUGGUUGAUGAACUUCGCAUAACCAAGCCCAUCGACCCUAAGUUUGAUAGAUAUUCAAGGUUAAUUGGUUACGAGAAACCAAACACUGACGCUCCACCUACAGUCCGUGUGCCAAGCGGUCAUGACAUUCGAACCUGCAAGGUGUUAAAGGGUAAAGCUACUGCUGCUGCUGCUGGUAAGGAUGCCAAUAAGGAGGGGAGGAAAAGAAGAGCAAUUCAGUUAGAGAAGGAUCCUGGUUUACGUGACGAAGAUGACGAGGACGAGGAGGAUGAAACGGGUGACGAAGAGGAGUAUGAGGAAGAUAGUGAUUUUGAAUGCGAAGACGAGUAA